UGAAGGGGAUUGUGAAGACGAUGUUUGUACGUACGGGAGAUCAGCUCGCUGACAUGCUCACCAAAUCAUUAUAUCCUUCUCCAUUCCGGAAUAACAUGAGCAAGAUGGGUGUGAUCAACAUUUAUGCAUCUCCAUCUUGAGGGGGGAUAUUAAUGUAUAGGAGUAAACCGGUUAAGUAGAUUAGCUGGUAUAAUUGAUUUCAGUUGGUUAAGUAAUUGUAUAUAUAUAUCUUGUACCAACAUUCAUUCCCUUUUCGUGGAAAAUAAGAGAUCAUUAUACCAAAUCACUCUCUUUGCUCUCGAUCUCUAUUAGUUAAAGCCAUUUAAAUCUCUGUGAACUGUUUUUAUCAGAGUCUCUGGAUUAUUACAUGUGCCUUUGGAAGUCAAAGCAUGAACAGCUUCGACUGCAGCAUCUGUGAGCCUUUGAACUAUUAGGAAGUUUCUCUUGUCGAUGUCAGAUAUUGAGCCUUUUUUACGUUUCAAACACGGUAAGAUCCUUCAAUAAUAAAUUAAUAAUGCAUUUGCUUUUACGUCCAGGGUCGGUGUGUGUGAAUGUAUCUUCUUUUUUUUGAUGAAUGACACUCUAAAUUUGUAAUCACUGAUCUUGUUUGUUUCCAUAGACACUUCCGGAUACAUAAAAUAAUUUCAUAAUCUAUUAAACAUGCGGAGUUUAUUUGUAUUUUUAAUUAUUUGAUUUGAGUUUUUUUAGUAAUAGAGUUUACCUAACCACCUGCACAUGGGUUCUCACACCGUUGAGUAACUUUUUAUUACUUGUCAGUUUGAUAAUUGCCAACUUUCAUGCACAGUAUUUAGGCAAAACACAGACAUGAAAAAACCAAAAAACAUAGCCAAAAGAAGAAGCAAAAGAAUGAAGAACGAGAGACUUUUAUUUUGUAUUCUACUCUCCCUCCUAAAACUGUUAAUAACAGCUCAAAACCUUGACCCUUCUUCAAGUCUAUGUAAUAGUUUCUGUGGAGGAAUCUCAAUUCCUUUCCCUUUCGGUAUCGGACCGAAACAUUGCUAUCUCAACGACUGGUACAAGGUUGUCUGUAACACCACCACCACCACCUCCCUCUCCACUCCGUUCCUCUCUAAGAUCAACAGAGAAUUGAUGAGCAUCACACUUCAAAAAACAAUUGACAGCACCCAAGGCGUCUUUCACAUCAAAUCUCCGGUGACUUCCUCCGGCUGUUCUAAACGAGACGAAAAGCCUCUUCCUUUAAACCUCACCGGUAAAGGAAGCAGAGCUUUGGUUACCGACCUCGAAUCUCAGAUCAUAGGAUGUGAAUCCAGCUGCGAGAGUCGCCUAGGCCUAGACAAGAUCUGCAGUGGUUACAGAUGUUUUCAGGCGAUGAUCACGGCGGAUAGACCGCAAGUGAUCGGCGUUGACUUAGAAAGCUCCGCUGGUGGUAACACAACUCUUUGUAAAGUUGCUUUCUUGACGAAGGAGACUUACUCUCCGGCGAAUGUUAUCCAGCUGGAGAAAAUUUCUAGUAAUGGUUUUACUGUGAUCGGGCUUGAAUGGUUCUUUGAUGCAUCACUUACUCAAUUAGCGAAGCCAGUGGGUUGUUUUAAUUUGACGGGUGAUGAUGCUUACGACACGAGCGAAUCAAGUUGUGUUUGCGAGUAUAGUUAUUUAACUGGGUUUGGUCACAGUAGCUGUUUCUGCAAUGACGGUUACGAAGGGAAUCUGUAUCUUCAGGGUGGAUGUGUUGACAUUGAUGAAUGUGAGGGAGAAUUAGGGCAAAGCAGGUGUGGAGGACAAACUUGUGUUAAUGUCCCUGGAUCGUUUAGGUGUGUGCCAAAGAAAAUAGAGAAGAUCAAGCCUGUUUGUUCAGGUCUGGUUAUAGGUUUGGCACUGUUGUUCUUGGUUCUCGGGAUAUGGAGAUUGAUCAAAUUCGUCAAGAAGAGAAGGAAGAUUAUCCGAAAGAGGGAGUUCUUUAAACGUAACGGAGGCUUAUUGUUGAAACAACAACUAACUACAGAAGAAGGAGGUGGUAAUGUUUAGACAUCUAGGAUAUUCAGCUCCAAAGAGCUGGAGAAAGCGACCGAUAACUUCAACAAGAACAGGGUUCUUGGACAGGGAGGCCAAGGCACUGUCUACAAAGGAAUGCUGGUAGAUGGAAGAAUCAUAGCUGUCAAAAGAUCUAAAGUUUUGGAUAAAGACAAAGUUGAGGAGUUCAUCAAUGAGGUUCAUGUUCUCUCGCAGAUUAACCAUAGAAACAUCUUGAAACUCAUGGGGUGUUGUCUCGAGACAGAGGUUCCUAUAUUGGUUUAUGAGCAUAUUCCAAACGGAGACCUGUUCAAACGGCUACACAAUGAUUCAGAUGAUUACACCAUGACUUGGGAAGUGCGUUUGCGGAUAGCUGUGGAAAUUGCAGGAGCACUUGCUUACUUGCACUCGGCUGCAUCUACACCGGUCUAUCACAGAUAUGUCAAGACCACAAACAUACUCUUGGAUGAGAAGUAUAGAGCCAAGGUGUCGGAUUUUGGUACUUCGAGAUCUAUAAGCAUAGAUCAGACACACUUGACAACUCAUGUUGCUGGUACUUUUGGAUAUUUGGAUCCAGAGUACUUUCAAACUAGCCAGUUCACUGAUAAAAGUGAUGUUUAUAGUUUUGGGAUUGUCUUGGUUGAGCUUAUAACCAGAGAAAAACUGUUUUCUGUUGUGCGGCUUGAAGAAAACAGAGGGCUUGCAUCUCAUUUCAUCGAGGCCAUGAAAGAGAACAGAGUUCUUGAUAUUGUUGAUUCUCGGAUCAAAGAAGAAUGCAAACCGGAACAAGUAUUGGCUUUGGCAAAGCUUGCGAGAAGGUGUUUAAGCCUAAAAGGGAAGAAGCAUCCAAGCAUGAGAGUGGUUUCCAGUGACCUUGAGAAAAUCCGUUCAUCACUUGAAGAUUUAGAGGUAACUAUCGAAGAAGAGGAAGAAGAAGAAGAAAUGCCAAUAGAAAUAAACAUAGAUGAUUCUUGGAGUGUGGACAUGACUGCUCCAGCAUCUCUCUUUGAUUUAUCGCCUACGUUAGAUGUUGAACCGCUGGUGCCUCAAUGAACAUGGUCAUGA